AUGUGGGUACAAAUAAAUCAGUUCUGGGAGGGAAGAAUGCCAUGGAAUGGAGAAACAACUGUAAUACAAUGGAUGGAAACAAGAAACAAGAGGAUGUAUUGUGCUUUUGAGGACCUGGAGAUGGUGUGCGACAGAAUCCCGAGAAACGCUGUGUAUUUGCUCCUGAUGAAGACAGGAGUAAUGGAAAAGACAGUGAGAAUGGUGCUAGAGAUGCACAGAGAAGCAAGUACAGUGGUUAGGGCAAAGUCCGGUGAGGCAGAGGAGUCUGAAGCGGAAGUGGGGGUACAUCAAGCGUCAGUCCUUUGCCCCUUCCUGCUUGUGGCUGCGAUGCAUUCCCAGAGAUAA